CCUGGUGAAGUACUCCCCUGGGAGACUACGCACUUGUCGAGUAUCCAAAACUUUCCAGCUUUGUUUUCUCGAGUAUUGUCGAUCUCAUUCUUUCAGACUGCAAGUCGUUCAGCACGGCAAAAUGGCUGACACUGGUACCUAUGAGGACGAAUUCGAGAAGGAGACCGGUGAAAGUGCGUCCCAGCCCGCGGUGGGAGACUCUAAAGUGCCCGAGACGACGGGAGUCAACAAGGCGUCCCCUGGUGACGGCGUGUCGGGCCCGCCUGUAGCGGACGGAGAUGUUCCCGACACGGCAGGUGAGAAGAGUAAAGGCGUGGACGAAGCGGACUCGGGAGCUAUAUCGGAUGAGCUGCUUGAAGACGAGAUGGAAGCAACAGUGAGUCUGAGGGACUCCGGGAUCGGGCUGGAGCCACAGUCGCCCAGUCCCACCACAGAAGAACCCAAGCCUCAAGUUGCCGAGGUUCCUGUCGAGGACACAACCACGCAAGCAGAGCCGACUCCUGUCGACUCUCAGCCAGCUGAACCUUCUGUAGAGGAGCCGAGUUCUUCCAACAACGACACAACUUCUCCGACUUCAGAGACGGUACAAGAUCCUGCCUCCAAGACUGACACCGAACCACCGACUCAACCCGAUCUACAGGCAGAAAACGACGGUCUGAAAGAGCAGCUGAAAGCCAUGAGGGGAGACUAUGAGGAGAAAGUGGGCAUCCUGGAACUCCAGCUUGACGGGGAGAAAGAGAAAGUCGAAGAACAAGCCAGAAGGAUCAAAGAACUGCAAAAACUGCUGAGGAAACAACAAGACGACGAGCUGGCGUCUCAGGGAAGCGGAGGGGACAUCAAGGAGAAGGCGAAGGCAGCGGCGUCCCUAAAGUUGGAGAGAGACUUUCUGGUUCGGCAGUACAACGAGGGGAAGACCACAGAGGAAUGUUUGCGGCAAACCAUCACGGACAUGUUAGAGGAGAAAGAAAAGGACGAACAGAAAAUCAAAGACUUGGAAGUGAGGUUGCAGAGAGCGGCCAAAGAUCACGAGGCUAAAGACAAGAGGAUGACUCAGUUACAGGCCGAGCUACGUGACGUCACAGCGCUGGUGACGCAGUUAGAGGAACACAUGGACAGAGUCAAGGUCGAGGAGGCGCGGAGGAAGAUUCAAGCCACCAAGACACAGACUGGGACAGAUUCGUCUGUAGCAAACAGUGAAAAGUCUACCGUUUGUACCAUCUUGUGAGAGCUGAUCAUGAGGAAACUUAGAGAUAUAUAUUUAUUUUUGUAUUCUCACGAUGAAAUGAGUUUUGACGUUGUCACUGUAAAUACGUAACAAUAAUGAUCAUUGACUUAAUUUAAUAAGAUUUUUAUCAGUAUGGUGCUUUGUAUGAAAUAUUUUCUAAACACACAUUUCACUAUGUAGGCAUGACCCAGGACUUGGUAUGUUCUCGUGUGAGCCUCCAUACGCCUGCUUGCACACGUACAUGUGAAUCGAAGUCCAUUUUUAGAAAAAAAUAUUAUUUCUUUAAAAAUGACGCAUCAUACGUGGAAACAGGUAUCGUUGUUUGAUGUACAAAGGAGGUUGUGUAUGCAGAAUAUUAUAGAAAGAGAGUGUUUAUAUCAUUAGAGGCCGAAUGGCUAGACGAUUGCGUGAAUAUACAGUCGUCAUUCUGUUUGUCCAUUGU